CUUGCCCACACCCUCUCAGAAUGCAGCAUGGGGGAAAGAAUGUAACACAAUUAGGGAACUGUAGCCAGGCAGAGUGUCUUUAUCGCCAAACAGUCGUCGUUUUCGGAUGAUUGAACUUAAGGGUUGCAAAGGGUUGGAAACCUCCUGGCGAAUUUGGGGAAUUCAUCAAAAGUGAUGCUCAAACGAUGCCUAUAGUGGACAAGCUCAAGGAGGCCCUGAAGCCCGGCCGGAAGGACUCCUCGACGGGCGACGAUGGCGACCUCAACAAGCUGCUGGCCUCCUCGGCCAAGAAGGUCCUGCUGCAGAAGAUUGAGUUUGAGCCGGCCAGCAAAGGCUUCUCCUAUCAGCUGGACAGUCUCAAGACCAAAUAUGUGAUCCUCAACCCCCGCGGCAGUGAGGGGGCCACAUCGGGUCAGAGGGCCAGCACAGAGCCCGCUCAGAUCAAGAGGCAAGUUUCAGACAACCAGGGUGGGGGCCAGAGUGAUGGGAUCCCCGCCCCACAGAAGAUGCUCUUCCCUGGGAACAGACUCUCCAUGCGUUGGGAGCGUGUCUACCGGGUGGGAGCCGGCCUCCACAACCUGGGCAACACCUGCUUCCUUAACUCCACUGUGCAGUGUCUCACCUACACACCGCCCCUGGCCAACUAUCUACUCUCCAAGGAGCACAGUCGUGCCUGUCACCAGUCGGGUUUCUGUAUGAUUUGUAUAAUGCAGAACCACAUCAUCCAAGCCUUUGCCAACACGGGAAAUGCCAUCAAGCCUGUCUCCUUCAUCCGAGACCUAAAAAAAAUUGCCAGGCACUUUCGGUUUGGUAGCCAGGAAGACGCCCAUGAAUUUUUACGCUACACCAUCGAUGCCAUGCAGAAAGCCUGUCUGAACAGCUACCCCAAGUUAGACCGGACGACACAGGCCACCACAUUGGUCCACCAGAUCUUUGGAGGUUACCUCAGGUCGCGAGUUAAGUGUUCUAUUUGCAAAAGUGUGUCGGACACAUACGACCCUUACUUGGACAUUGCUGUGGAGAUUCGACAAGCAGCAAAUAUCGUCCGAGCCCUGGAGCUCUUUGUCAAGCCCGACGUGUUGAGUGGAGAGAACGCCUACAUGUGUGCCAAGUGUAAGAAGAAAGUUCCGGCAACAAAGCGAUUCACAGUCCAUCGAACGUCCAAUGUUCUGACCCUGUCUCUCAAGAGGUUUGCCAACUUCAGUGGAGGAAAAAUCACCAAGGACGUUGGCUACCCAGAGUUCCUGAACAUCCGCCCCUACAUGUCUCAGAGCAUGGGGGACCCGGUCAUGUACGGCCUCUAUGCUGUCCUGGUGCAUUCUGGGUACAGCUGUCAUGCUGGCCACUACUACUGCUAUGUCAAGGCCAGCAACGGGCAAUGGUACCAGAUGAAUGACUCGAUGGUCCAUUCCAGUAACAUCAAAGUAGUCCUCAAUCAGCAAGCCUACGUCCUAUUCUACCUGAGGAUCCCAGAGACCAAGAAGAACGUGGAUGGCCAGAUCACCAAGCAGGGAAUGGGGAAGAACGUAGCGACGUCAGAGCAGUUCAGGAAGACCAACCUCAACAGGCCCCUGUCGUCUCCGCAGGUCACCAAGGUAUGGGACAGGCUGGCAGAACGGUCCAUCAUCAGAAUGUUUGAAAGCAAUACGAAACUGGACCCUUUCCAGCUGCGUAAGAUCCAGUCCGUAGAGGGCGGCCUGGGCAUACCCGUGUCUAGGAACGGCGCCAAUGGCUCCCAGCAGCCCAACAAGAUGUCCAAUGGGACGUCGUCCCACGCCCCCACCAGGAUACCCGGCGGACCCAUGCUGAUCGAGGAGCCCUUCAAGAAGCUGAAGAAGCCCUGUCCUCCUCAGCAGCCCCAGGUGCGCAGCAGCACCCCCGCCCCCUCCUCCAACGGUGUGGGCAGCAGGUCGGACGGCGGAGACCGGAGGCACGGGAACCAAGGGAGCAGGGGCCUGGCCGCAUCUACCUCACUCAAGUCCUUGUCAGACUCCUCCUCGGCAGACACCUCCGACUCAAAGGAUUCCAUGGGUACCAAAAGUGCGCCGGUUGGUGGGACGUCCACCCCCCCAAGGAACGUCUCGAACGGCAUGGCCUCCCCUGCCGGGAGUGUGGAGCGCGUGGGCACGGAGGAGCAGAAGACCGUCAAGCUAAAACCCCUGGCCCUCAACAACGUCACAUCUUCACCCACCAGCACCACGUCUCCCCCGCCCGCCAAGAAAUUGGCCCUCUCGGCCAAGAAGGCCAGUCGCAGCCGGAGUCCGAGCAGCACUGAGGCUCAACACCCCCACCUGCCACGCCAUCCGUCCAGUGACCGCACGCAUCCUUCUCAACUUAACAACCUCACCUCCACCUCACCCACUCACAGUCACAGGGUUGGUCCAUUCCAUUCACCCAAACUGCAAUCUCCACCCGCAGCCCACCAUGUCCACUCAGGCAUCCCAUCUAAGCAUCAGAGUCCCCAGAAAUCAACCUCCACCCUCUCUCCAAAAACCAAUGGGCUUCAGACCCACCUUCCAAAGAGCCCUAAACCUACCCAGACCCCCAGUCUGUCAGAGCCUGGCCCAAGCAGUUCCACCACCUCCUUAAAGAAGAAAAAGAAGAAGCGGCGUCACUCUGAGAUGGAAGGCGGAGAGCGAGAGCCAGCACCGGCCUCCAUCAUCCCAGACAUCCCCGCUGAGCCCGAACUGAUUGAACCGGCCAGUGAGAGGAAGAGGAGGAAAAGGAGAAAGAAGAGGAAGCGGGAGGAAGAGGAUGGAGAUACAGCCGAGAACCACAGGGAAAGGGUCCAGUCUCAUCUGGAGGCUUCACCGCCGGCCCAAGAGGAGGACUGGUGUCAGGGGGGAUCAUGGCGACUCAGCCCCCCUGACAAAAGAGCCCUGGAACAACCAAAGCAGCCCCAUCCCCAGCCUGAGAGUAGGCUCCAGUUGGUUCCAGUGGUUCUCCAGUGUGAUGCCAAUCAAGGAGAGCAGAGUAUGGACACUGUGACGAUGAUGAUGAAGAGGAGGAGGAGGAAGAAGAAAAGGAGAUUGGAGGAGGGACCGGAGGAAGCAACAUCAACAUGUUCUGUUUCAGAAAGCAGUUCUGGGACGAAGGACACGGUUGUUGAAAACGGCGCUGGGGAUUCUACUGCGCCAAAGAAGUUAAAGAAGAAGUGCAGGCUAAAAGAAGAGGUGAAACAGUGGGAGGAAAGCAGACGUUGUUGCUCUGACGACCAGAGGAGCGACACUGAAGCAGCGGAGGCCCUUCCUAAGAAGGGCACUGUGGAGAGCACCGCUGGAGUGAUCGUGUGGGACAGCCAGGUUAAGGAUGGCUACAAGCGCUCCAAGGCCCCCGCUGCAGAAGCAGUAGAGGGUGGGCCUGGGGAUGUCCCCCGCCCAGCCCCCAUGGUCUGGGAUGGCAAGAGGAGUGGUGGAGUGGUUGAGGAGCUCCUGAAGAACUCUUUGGACAAAGCCUAUGGAACCCAAGUCCUCAGCUGGGAGGGAGAGGCAUCUGCCAUCAGUAGGGAUGCCAUUGACGACACCCGCGAUGCCAGAACCGACAUGGUGAUUGACGAGUGGGACGAGGACUUUGACAGUGGAAAGGUGAAGAAAAUGAAAAAGUAUAAGCGAGAGAAGAGGAGGAGCGGCAAUAUCUUCCAGAAGAUCCAGGACCGGCGGAGCAUGUGGUCGGUCACACCCGGCGCUAAGAAGACCGGCUUUGGAUACCGUCACUGAGAGCCAGCCAGAAUGGAUGUUUGGAUACAGUCACAGAGCCAGCCAGAAUGGAUGUUUGGAUACAGUCGCUGAGCCAGCCAGAAUGGAUUUUGGAUACCGUCACUGAGAGCCAGCCAGAAUGGAUGUUUGGAUACAGUCACUGAGCCAGCCAGAAUGGAUAUUUGGAUACAGUCACAGAGCCAGCCAGAAUGGAUGUUUGGCCACAUACAGUACAACUGAGCUGGAGUGACGACACGUGACACCACUGUAACAAUGUUACUCUCUUUUGAUUGUUUGGCGGUUCAUACCCUGAUUGCAAUACGAGAGACCAUGGCCAGUUGACAGAACAACACAGCUUUCGGGGAGAGAUAAUGACCAUCUUUGAUCUGUGCUAGUCUCUUCAGUAUAGAACUUCCUUCGAUGACCGAGUCUGGUGAGCUGACCAACACGAGCUGUGAUGUUACCAUCGUCAGCCAGGGUUCAGCAACAAUGAGUUGACCAUUGCUUCUACACCGUUGUCUCAGAUGGAUAUGAAAAUAUUGUUCAGUAUAUGGUGCUCAAGCUGCUCAUGGAAUAUGAUGGAUUUACCGUACUGUGAUGCUGCUGAGCUUCCAUCUGUGGUAAUAACACAGAUGACAAAAUGACAUGUAUAUCAUUUAUGUUAGGAAUUCAGAACAAGUCAUGUUAGGAAUUUGACAUGGUUGGGCUACUCUAGGGGACAGUUGUGGGAUUUUCUAGCUAGUAUCAAAGGAUGUGGCAUGCACCAUAUAGCAUUUAUCUGUGUGAGGAUGAGCUGAGAGAUUUUGUAUAAUGUCUGCUAGAUAACCCUUAACCAUCAGCCUAAUGUAUUGAAACCUAUGAGGGAGACACUUGUCUCUCUUCGCCCAGCCGUGUGUUCAGGUGGACGAAACAUUCAGAACUUUGAAUUAUAGUAAUGUAAUGUAUAGAGCUGAAAUGACUUCCUAUAGAAAAUCAUUCUGUUCUACACAGUCUAUUUCUCUGAACAUUCUAAAAUGUUGCGACCAGUGAUUUAGUGUUAAAAAAAAGAAAAAUGGGUGGGUAAUGCUGAGUAAAACAACACUCCCUAUUUGUUCAAUGCAUUUUUCCGCAAAUGGUGGGUAAACGCUCGGGCAAAAUACAAAAACAUGCGUAAACGGCAUUUACGUGCGUUUACCCUGUAAUACCCCACUGGUUACAACCGUUGUGCUGUUGCAGACUGGGCGAUCUGCAGACUGGGCGAUCUGCAGGACAAUGGGCCAAUACAGGUGAAUGCUCUGAAUACUGUUCUCCUGACUCAUAUGGCCUAUUCCCUAUGUGAAGACGUGUGGUGACCAUCUCGCGCUUAUCACUAUCAGCACAAUCACCAAGUCACCUUUAAAAGAUACGAAACAUGGACAGGACCGCAGAUCGUGAAACCAUGAUAACUGAUUUGCUUUAAUCCCAUCCUCUCUUUUAGUUUGUUUGAAUGAUUGAUACUUUUAUGGUUUUAUGUUUUCUAAUUGUGUGUGAUUUCUUUGCCACAAUGCCUUGGUAUGUUCUACAUGACUUGAUAAAACUGACCCACUGUGGCUGCUGCUGAGACAUUUACAUGUUCUGAUUGUACUGUUAUAUUACAAGCAUGUAUUUGGAGGGGGAAGGAGUCACAGGCCUGUCCCAAGCAGACAAACGGCCUCAUCUUUAGUUUAAUCUUCUUGAUUAAUGUAUGCAUGAUGGUGGUAUUUGAAGUUUCCUUUAUCAGUAUAUUCAGUUCUGCGUCCCUAAUAGUUUUCUUUUUUCUUUCCUGUGUGAAUUUAAUUUGAUGGUUCUGAAUAUUAUGUAAUUUGGUAGAUGUGUCAGAAUAGAAAAUGUCAUGGUCGAUUAACACCAAGUGAUGCUGGAAUAUGAAUUGCCGCUACAUCAGCUAAUUGCAAAGUUCAUAGGCAGAUGUCUGUACCUCCAGGUCAAGUUGGGGACAGUUACGAUAACAUCAAGGCAUUGCCUGUUUGUAACACCACAUAAUCCACCUUUUAAUGUAUUAGACAUAUCAUUGUUUCAUCUGCUUUCUAAUCCAUUUGCUCUCCUUUCUGGUAAAUAGUCCCAUUUCUGUUUUGCGAAAGAGGGUAUGAGUGUGAUUCUGGGUGGGGGUGUUGAAUUUUGAACUUUUUUCUACACUAGACAUCUAUAGUAGGUCAUGAGUGAAGCUAAUUGCUCAUCUCUUCUGCUUGUUAUUCCCAAAAUGUCAAGUCAUUGGUCCCUGGUCUCUAACUAAAAGUUGGGUUGUUGACCAUUGUUUAGUAUUGCUCCAUCACCAGUGGAGUUCAGCUUUGUUGUGCAUCAUGUGUUUUCUGAAUGCAUUUUGGGCCUCCAUAUGAACCAACAGUUCUUUCUUUGUGUGUUCUAUCCCAGAUAAAGAGUUACAUGUAGGCUGGUCCCAGAUCUGUUUGUGUGGUUUGGCCAACACCUAUGGCCAUUGUACAUUUUGGAAAUGCAGCACAGACAUCUGGGGCCAGGCUAGAUUACAUAUGUUGCCCCAGGCAUUGUUAGUUUGAAGUUGAUGUAUAUGCUAUUAGUACAUGAUCAUUGUCCCAAUCUGUACUCUCUCUAUGCAAAUCACCCACAGACAGUCCAACUAACUGGUCAUCUGGAACCUGAUGUACCCAGCCAUCCCCCAACCUUACAACACUCAUGUACAACCAACCUUCUAGCCAGGUCCACAUUUUAUUACACACCACCACCAUUUUUAUCCUGAAGAUACUGUUUUCUACAAGUAUAUUUGGGGGAGGUUGGGGGGAGAAAACAUGGGAUCUUCCACUUUAUCUGGGCACCGAUUUUGAUAAAUAGAUCAUAAAUUAUAAUCAAUUAACAAAACCGCUUUGCCAGUGUAGAAGAUUGUACAGUCCACCUGGUGUUUCCCAUGCUUUCCCCGUCAUCCCUGCGUCGACCUAGCCUCGUACAAACCAUCCUGAUCUGAUCGGCUACACAAACACAAUGCAAGCUUGUGACAUCAGGAUGAUUCGUACGGGGCUAGUUUAGUUCUAGCCACCCAUUGACUCUCAUUCUAGAGAUGUCAGCUUAAACAGUAUAGUUAAUUGAUAAUGUUAAAUAAUUUAAAGAAACUUUUCACAAAUCUUUAAUGUGCUAUAAAAGAUACGGAUGAAAUCUGUAUUUGGGUUGGUGGGGGAUUGUGAAAGUUUAAUUUAUUGCAGAUGGAUGUUCAUAUGUGCGUGUUUCAUACGAUGACAUCUUGUUACUGUAGUGUCAUACAGUACGAGAGCGGUUUCAUCACCAGUUCCAUUGAAUGUGUUUCAUGUUGACUGUGAAAUUAACUUUAGGACAUGUUUGAUUCUCAAGGAAACUGACACGAGGACAUUAUACUGGUGUGACUGAUCCACGUCAUAUUUGCAUUGAUGGUUCUAUAUUUUGCACCGCCUUUUCAGACCAAUGAGAGACAUUUCAUAAUGAAAAGUGACUCUUACCAAAAUGGAUAAUGUAAUUAACUAUACAGGUGCAAUAAAGUUAUGACUUUGUGAGAA